GAUUCGUCCUUCACCUUCGUAGGACAAGAAAAACCUUUGCGACUGUGGCGAAGUCGGUAUAUAGAAAUUCAUACAUUUCGGACAAACAAGUCGCCAAGAUGUCGAAGGACAAGAAAAUGCUAGGGUUGCACAAUGUACCCGAAACACCUCUUCACCAUCCAGGACAUAAUGAUUUCAAAGAUACUUUUAGAUGGAAAAUGUUAAAGCACCACUAUCCAUUGAUUCCAUUGUAUGGUGCAACAAUUGUUGGAUGUGUCUUUGCUGCCUGGUACACAUGGCGGCUAACUUAUUAUUGUCCUGAUUCUUGGGUGAAGAAGAACCGCGACCCAUGGAUGUCUACAGAUCAGAAAUAUCAGUACAAGUUCUUUUCGCCAACUGUAGACUACAAGAACCAGAGGUUCUCUCCAAAUAGACCAAAUAUUGAGCAAAUGUGUGAGGAGGAAUACAGGAAGAAAUAAAUGGUGAAGACUUUACAGAGAAAAUAAUAACUAGUAUUUGUUAAUUUAAGUUUCAAAAUGAUAAAAAAAAAAAGACAAAAUAUGUUGAAAGGUUUUUGAUUUAAAAUAAAUAAAUAUAGCUGAAAUGUCUGUCAUACUUUUUAAUCAAAUUUUUUUUUUGAUAUUAAAAUUCUAAAGGAUAUUAAUUGAAUAACAGGGUUUUUAUUUUAAUUUUGAGAACUAUAGGUUUAUGUGACACUAGAAAUAGAAAAUGCAUUUGAUAUUUUUUUUUUCUCCAAGAGUGAAAUUUUAAUGAGAUUUGUUUUCUAUUCAUCAGCUCAUGCAUUUGGUUUCUUUUGUUUUUGAAUAAAAAAAUAAGUUGGUAUGAAUUGAGUGAUAUUAUAUUACUAAAAAUUUGCUUCUUUAUUAUAAGUGGUGAUCUUAGAUUAUAUUAUAAAACCUUUUACCUUGUUUU